UAAUGAAAGUCUUCUAUAGACACCUCUCUCCUUCUUCUUGAGUUGGCCAGAUCCUGUAAACACACUCUUUCUCUCUCUCUUCAAGCUUUCUCUCUCUAAAAAACUAAAAAAAUAUAAAACCCUUUAUGUUUCAUGUGUUCCCGAUACAUGUUUAACGUGAUUGAACCGAUACGCUCCCUUUAAUCAAUCCUUUCUCUCUCUAAAGUCAACAUGCACAAAUCUCAGUUGAUCCAUUUCUUUAUAUGAAAAAUUCCUUCAUUCUUCAUCAUAAAAGCUAUUGACUUUUUAAAGGAUCGUUCAGAGUAAUAUGAAGAACAACGAAGAACAAUCUCGAUCUCUGUUUGGCAUUUCUCUCUCUGAUCGACCAAAAUGGCAACAAUUUCUCAUCUGUUCUUCGGGGUUUUUCUUUGGGUAUCUCGUUAAUGGUGUUUGUGAGGAAUAUGUAUACAAUCGACUUAAAUUCAGUUAUGGCUGGUAUUUUACAUUCAUUCAAGGAUGGGUUUACCUUGCUUUAAUUUACUUGCAAGGUUUCACCACCAAGCAAAUGGUGAAUCCAUGGAAGACAUAUGUGAAGCUUUCAGCAGUACUCAUGGGUUCUCAUGGUCUCACCAAAGGGUCUUUAGCUUUCCUAAAUUACCCUGCUCAACUCAUGUUUAAAUCUACCAAGGUUCUUCCUGUGAUGGUCAUGGGGGCGUUUAUCCCUGGAUUAAGACGAAAAUACCCUCCACACGAAUAUGUAUCCGCUUUACUUCUGGUGGUGGGUCUAAUACUAUUCACACUUGCAGAUGCAAAUACUUCGCCUAAUUUUAGCAUUCUUGGUGUUGUUAUGGUUUCUGGUGCUUUGAUCAUGGAUUCAUUUCUUGGGAAUUUUCAAGAAGCUAUCUUUGCAAUGAAUCCCAAUACAACUCAGAUGGAGAUGCUAUUUUGCUCAACUGUUGUGGGUUUGCCUUUUUUGAUUCCUCCAAUGCUUUUGACAGGGGAAUUAUUCAAAGCUUGGAGUUCUUGUUGGCAGCAUCCUUAUGUCUAUGGCGUGUUGAUAUUCGAAGCAAUGGCGACAUUUAUCGGGCAGGUUUCCGUCCUUUCGCUCAUUGCCUUAUUUGGAGCCGCCACCACUGCCAUGAUAACAACAGCUAGAAAGGCGGUGACAUUGUUGCUAUCUUACUUGAUCUUCACAAAGCCAUUAACAGAGCAACAUGGGACCGGUUUGAUUCUAAUUGCAAUGGGAAUCGUGUUAAAAAUGAUCCCAGAGAACAAACCAACUCCAAGAAUGGUUCAGAAGAGGAAAGAAGUGCCUUUGGGUAAUGAUGAAAACAGAAGAAACCAAGAGGAAGAGGAAAGGAGACCUUUGGUUUAAUUGU